GAAGCCUCCCGCUUUCUUCUUCCUCUCAGUUCAGAGUUCCAUACCACAUUCUUCCCAUGGGAAGUAACGCCGCUGCCAUGAGAACACGGAGGAGGAUCUUUUGCAAGGAGAUUGAUGAGCUUCAAGGUCAACACCGGGAGAACUACUUUGUGAUCCUCGCGGACUUCGGAGAAACUUCGCAACUAAUGGACCUCGUCGGUGCUCUGUUUAUUUUAUGAUCGUUCUAUCUCUCUCUAGUCGUGAUGCUUUUUAGUAUUGUUUUCGUGGACAUGGACUAGUUUGUUAGAUGAACGAUGUUUCUGCCUCAUGAAGCUUGGUUUUAAUUUUGAUUGCAUCAUUUUAGAAAUUUGUGCUGAAAACCUUAUGAAUUCUUUUCGUUGAUGAUUGUAUCGAUAACUCGAGUGUUAUGCUUCAGGCGGAAAUGAACGAUGCUGAAAACCAGACUCCUACUAAGCGGCGGUUAUCAUCUGCCGUUGUAAGAAAUUAACCACUCCGGAUUAUAAACGAUUGGCUGCAAGGAAACGAUUGAUUGGUAAACUUAGAAAUGAAGCAAGAUAACUUUCGAGCAUUGAUGGAGGAGAUAAAUGAAGAAGCCAAAGGAGAGGAUGCAAGAAAGUCUCAGGAAGAAACGUCUGGGAGUGAUGGCAGUCUACCAGAACGAUGGGGAACAAAAUCUUUUGAGGCAGAGCGGAUCGUUUAGAUUGGAUGGAAAUAAAAGAGCAUCUAGGAUGGCUUUUAUGGAAUUGGAAGCCUCCAGAAGAGAGGAGUUGUAUGAGUAUCAGGAACAGAUAGGAGAACAGAUAGGAACGACAUAGUGAUGUAUGGAAAUUGCAGGAAACCAUGGACAGAAUUGGAACAUCCCAGGUGGUCGCAACGAAAAAGACGAGGAUAAUGUGGAAGAUAUUAAAGUUGAGUAGGAUGAAAUAAUAGACGAUGUACCCGCGUAGCAACAACGAGGAUUAAGAUGAUGUGGAAGAUAUUAAGCUGGGGAGGACAACAUGAUAGAUGAUGUACUCAGAGUAGCAAGAAUGAGGACAAGGAUAAUGUGGAAAACGUUGGGGAGGACGACAUAAUAGACGAUGUACUUGACGUUGCAACGAAGAUGAGGAUGAUGUGGAAGAUACUAAGUUGGGGAGGACAACAUGAUAGAUGAUGUACUCGGGGUAGCAACAAUGAGGAGAAGGAUAAUGUGGUAGAUAUUAACUUGGGGAGGACGAUAUAAUAGACAAUAUACUCGGCGUUGCAACAACGAAGAUGAGGAUGAUGUGGAAGAUACUAAGUUGGGGAGGACAACAUAAUAGAUGAUGUACUCGGGGUAGCAACAAUGAGGACAAGGAUAAUGUGGAAGAUAUUAACGUUGGGGAGGACGACAUAAUAUACGAUGUACUCGACGUUGCAACAACGAGGAUGAGGAUGAUGUGGAAGAUAUUAAGUUGAGGAAGGCAACAUGAUAGAUGAUGUACUUGGGGUAGCAACAAUGAGGACAAGGAUAAUGUGGAGGACAAGGAUAAUGUGGAAGAUAAUAACGUUGGGGAGGAUGACAUAAUAGACGAUGUACUCUGCAUGGCAACAACAAGGAUGAGAAUGAUGUGGAAGAUAUUAAUGUUGGGGCGGAUGGCGUGAUAGACGAUGUACUCGGUGUAGCAACGAGUAUGAGGAUAACAUGGAGGAUAUUAACGUUGGGGAGGACGACAUGACAUGAUAGACAAUGUAAUCAGCGAAGCAACAACGAGGACAAGGAUGAGGACAAGGAUAAUGCAGAAGAUAUUAACAUUGGGGAGGAUGACAUGAUAGACGACGUACUCGACGCCCGAAGAGCGAGGAACCCACAAAACCUGAAGCCAAUGUUGCGAGUCCAAACCCAAAGCUGUGCAGUAGAAGAAAAAAACCGAAGGGAUUCACUGAAACAGGAAAACCAGAGCUUAAUCAACCAUGGAGGAGAUGACGUCACGGCCUAAUGUGAACUCCCGCAAUAACCCCCCGCAGCGUCCUCUUCCACCGCCACCGUCAAGAGCAAGAGCAGGACCAAGCAACAACAAUCACCGUCCUCUUCCACCGCCACCGUCAAGAGCUCCCUUUAAUGUCCAACACGACAAUCACCAUUCUCCUCUUCCUUCAAUGCCACCGUCCAGGCCGAAUUCCGAGUCUCAGAAUGCUCGCUUUCCGUCUCCGCCCUCGUCGCCACCGUUAUCUCGUCGGCAGCAUUUUGGUUACGACACGACGUCAUCUUCCUCAUCGGCUUCCUUCCGAGGCUGCUGCUGCUGCCUCUGCCUCCUCUUCUCCUUCAUCGCUCUCCUCGCUCUCGCGAUCGUCCUCGUCGUCGUUCUCGCUGUCAAGCCUAAGAAGCCUCAAUUCGAUCUCCAGCGAGUCGGUGUUCAAUAUAUGGGGAUAACCACUCCGAAUCUCUUCUCCUUAUCCUCCGCCGAUUCACAGACCGUGACAACGCCGACGCCGACAACGACCUCCGCAGCGCUAUCGCUCAACAUUCGAUUGCUGUUCACGGCAGUGAAUCCAAACAAGGUCGGAAUCAAAUACGGGAAUUCAAGGUUCACAGUGAUGUACCGCGGGAUUCCGCUAGGAAAAGCAAUAGUGCCUGGAUUUUACCAAGAGGCGCACAGCCAGAGAGAAGUGGAGGCAAUGAUCGCCGUCGAUCGAGUGAAUCUACUUCAGGCAGACGCCGCCGAUUUGAUCAGAGACGCGUCGUUGAACGAUCGAGUGGAACUGAGGGUUUUGGGCGAAGUUGGCGCCAGGAUCCGCGUAUUGGAGUUCGAUUCUCCUGGCGUUCAGGUGUCGGUGGAUUGCUCGAUAGUGAUAAGUCCAAGGAACCAGUCGUUGACUUCAAAGCAAUGUGGAUUUGAUGGGUUCAGCUUAUGAUUGUUGUUCUUUGCCCUCACUUCUUUUCUUCACUCUCUUUCUCUGGUCUUUUAAUGUCAACAGAGAUGGAAUGAUUUUGAGAGGAAGAAGAAAAAUGUACACAAAAAAAAAAAAAAGAAAAAAAAAAAGAAAAAAAAAAAG